AUGUCUCAUCGUAUCAUAGAGAAGCGUCGUCGCGACCGAAUGAACAACUGCCUGGCUGAUCUAUCCCGCCUCAUACCCCCGGAGUACCUCAAGAAGGGCAGGGGACGAGUCGAGAAGACCGAAAUCAUAGAAAUGGCGAUACGUCACCUCAAGUUCCUGCAGGAUCGCGUCAAUGCGGAGCGCUCGGGGGAGGAGUACCGCGCCGGGUUCCAGGAGGCGGUGGGGGAGGCCGUGCGCUUCCUCGUGGAGGUGCAGGGCUUCCGGCCCGGGGACGGGCUGUGUCUGCAGCUCGCCUCGCACCUGCAGCGCCACUGCGAGAUCGUCACUAAAGGUACUUCUGUUGUACUGUUACUGUACGUGUCUGCAGCUCGCCUCGCACCUGCAGCGCCACUGCGAGAUCGUCACCUCGCCUCGCACCUGCAGCGCCACUGCGAGAUCGUCACUAAAGGUACUUCUGUUGUACUGUUACUCUCGCCUCGCACCUGCAGCGCCACUGCGAGAUCGUCACUAAAGGUACUUCUGUUGUACUAUUACUGUCCGUGUCUGCAGCUCGCCUCGCACCUGCAGCGCCACUGCGAGAUCGUCACUAAAGGUACUUCUGUUCUCGCCUCGCACCUGCAGCGCCACUGCGAGAUCGUCACUAAAGGUACUUCUGUUCUCGCCUCGCACCUGCAGCGCCACUGCGAGAUCGUCACUAAAGGUACUUCUGUUGUACUAUUAUUGUCCGUGUCUGCGCUCGCCUCGCACCUGCAGCGCCACUGCGAGAUCGUCACUAAAGUGCCCAUAGACAAGUCCCGCGACAAGGCGCGCUCGCACGCCUCGUCGUCGGAGACGGCCAGCUCGUCCAGCAGUUCGCACGGGUUCGCCGUGAAGGUGAUCCAGCGCCCCGAGCCGCCACCCUUCCCGGAGCCCUACGAGGAACGCCCCGAGCCCUUCGCCAUGGAAUGCGACAGAGUGUCCGCGCUGCCGGCGGCGGAGGCGGACGCGCCGCUGGACGAGCGGCUCAAGCGGGAGCCCGCGCUGCGCAAAGUACGCAAGCCGGACCACGGCGACGACUACCUCCACUCGUAUAAGUUCAAGAACUCCAUUGAAAGACGAUUCUCUAGGUCGCAGGAUUCAGAGGCGGCCGAGGGCGCGGCGCGCGCGGCGCACGGCAAGCUGUACUCGCACAAGCGCCGGCGGGCCAUCAAGCCGCCCGCGCCCGCCUCCACCUCCGCCUCUACCUCCGCCUCCGUCUCCACCGAAGACGCGCACGACACCUCGCCACAGGACACAUCGAGCGACUCCCCACACCACCACCAGUACGAUAAGCCGCCGCCUCCGACGCAGUACGUUCCUGUUUUCGCUUUGAAUUCUCUCGGCAAGUACUACGUGCCGCUGAGCGUGGAGUACGCGUGCGUGGCGCGGCAGCUGGGCGCGCUGGAGGCGGGCGCGCGGCCGCUGACGGCGCUGCACCCCGUCACCAUACACGUCAACUUCCAGCCCUGCCUCGACUACCACGUCAAGCGCGAGCAGCCCGACCACUGGCGCCCCGGCUGAGGGCAGUGCGACCUCGCGUUCGCUGUUUAAAAAAAAACAAAGAACUAUUUUAAUUCACCACCACGUCAAUAUUAUAAUGCUGAAGAGUUUGUUUGUUUAAACGCCCCGGCUGAG